UGCAUUUAUCUACGAUGAUCGUAUGUUACUACACAAAAACGAAUGGUACCCGACUUAUCCCGAGUGCCCUGAACGGGGAGUGGCCGUUAGGGACCGGUGUGAUUCCUAUGACCUACUUUCUCGGUGUAUACUGAUGACUGCUGAUCCUGCGCAAGAUGACAUACUUCUUUAUAUCCAUCGAAACACCCAUAUUGUCAAGACAGCUCAAACCGAACACAUGAACGACAAUGAACGAAGGUCCUUAUCUGGCGGUCUUGAUUCAGCCUACUUUAACGAACAUACGAACGUGGCUGCGCGACUUGCUGUCGGAUCUCUUAUUCAAGCAGUGGAGUCGGUUCAUCGUGGCGAGGUUCGAAACGCAUUUUGUCUUGUUCGACCCCCUGGACACCAUGCAAUGGAAGACGAGGCGUGCGGAUUCUGUAUUUUCAACAACGUUGCACUUGCGGCUCAAUAUGCUUUGGACAAACUAGAAUACAAUCGGGUACUCAUACUUGACUGGGACGUACAUCACGGACAGGCAACUCAGUACUCAUUUUAUGACAGCUCAAGAGUUCUAUAUAUCUCCAUCCACCGUUACGAUGAACAAACAUUUUGGCCGAGUUUACGCGAGUCAAACUUUGAUUUCAUUGGAAGUGGUCGCGGUCGUGGCUACAACAUUAAUAUUCCCCUGAACGGUGGACCGUACUACUCUAAGUUGACUUUUUACUUGUCCCUCCUUGAUCACUUCCAGGAUGACCUCGGGGAUGCGGAAUAUUUAGCAAUUUUUCAUCGCUUGAUCCUGCCUGUGGCUUAUGAGUUUGAUCCUGACUUAAUCCUCGUUUCGGCCGGUUACGACUGUGCAUAUGGGUGUCCGCUGGGUCAACUCAAAGUCAGUCCGCCCUUGUUUGCUCAUUUCACGCACAAACUUAUGGGUCUGGCGGAGGGUAAAAUAAUCGUCUCUUUGGAGGGUGGCUACUAUCACGACUCUUUAGCGGAAAGUGCUGCCCAUACUGUCUCGGCACUCCUCGGAGACCCAAUGCCUUCGCUGGAGCCGGUAGGGGAAGUACAUCCGAGUGUCCUGGAAACAAUAGCGAACUGUGUCUCGGUUUUAAGGUUUCGAUGGCGGUCGCUGUCCGUAUUCCAGGUACCCGAAGUAGUCCCUGCUGCCGAAAAGAAACACUUGCCCGAACAAACUUGGGAGAGGAGCACCGCACCUGUCUGGCACAUUCCACCUGAUGUUACUUAUGGAUCAAGUUCCUUGGAAUGGCCUGUAAAACUACACUUUAUAUCCACAGAAGGCAGAUUUUUUCUUCGAGGUGAAUGGACACAUUCGUUUCAUCGCAUGCUGGUUUUCGCACCGAGUUUCUUUCGUCAAACUAAGUUUCUUUCUCCUCAACCCCAUGCCCCACACACGAGCAAGGAAAGCGAGAACCGCCACGGUGCCUUCUCGUGCCGGUCCGUCUCAAUGUUGUCGUUCUAUGCUGCUUCCAGGUUGGACGUUAAAGUCCCCAUAAUGAAGCCGGAGAAACAUAUACAUGACCCAGAGGAUGCUAUCCGAAUUGACCAGCAUAUGUCCUAUUUGAAGCGCACUCACCCUGUGGCCCUCCAUAAACAUUUUCCAAGCACUUGUAUUGUCUAUGAUAGUCGAAUGGAGAAUCACAAGAAUGAGGAAGACCCAAAUCAUCCAGAAGCACCGAGCCGAAUACGCCGUACUUAUGAGCUUCUAGAUGAAUAUGGAUUGGCUCGUCGGUGUAAACGCGUUGAGGCCCGUUAUGCAACUCGCACGGAACUCUGCCGUGUACACGCGGCAGCCUAUGUGGACAUGAUAGCCAAAACAGCCGCACUGGAUCAAACCGCUCUGGACAGUUUGUCAAACGAGGAGAAUUCCAUAUUCUUCAACAGGGUAAUUUCCGCAUUUAAUCGUCUUAUCUUGACGAGCCUUCGUCGUCCAAAUAAUCUCCUUUCAACAUUGUCUCUUUUUCAGCACACGUACGACUGUGCCCGACUGGCGGCCGGUUCUGUGUUAGCUGUAGUAGAUGAGGUGUGUACUGGCCAGAGUUUAAACGGAGUUGCUCUGGUCCGCCCCCCAGGACAUCACGCCUUGACUGAUAAGUGUAUGGGAUUUUGCUUUUUCAACAAUGUGGCGGUGGGCGCGAAGCAUGCACAACAGGUCCAUGGUCUUGAGCGAAUCGCCAUAGUCGAUUGGGACGUGCAUCAUGGGAAUGGUACGGAGAAGAUAUUUGAAAACGAUCCAAGUGUCUUAUUCAUAUCGGUGCAUCGGUACGAUGAAGGCAGGUACUACCCGGGUACUGCAGAUGCUGAUCCAACCGUUUGUGGAUCAGAGGACGGUCUUGGACGAACAGUUCAGGUUGCAUGGAAUGGGCGUCAUGUAAAAGAUGGCGAGUACAUUGCCGUCUUCGUUCAUAUUAUUUUGCCUAUAUUGUACGAAUUUCGUCCGCAACUCAUCCUUGUCUCUGCUGGGUUCGAUGCUGCUCGUGGUGAUCGCUUGGGUGGUUUGGGUGUUUCGCCGGAGUGUUUUGCCCACCUCACACACCUACUUCUCACAGCUGCUUACUUGUGUCCCGCCAAAAGUGUGACGGAUGAUAAAACGGAUUCACAGAUAUCUACCCCCGUGCGUCAGACGCGGCAUCGGCUGGCCCAACAACAGCGCACCUUUACCGGCGGUCUCAUACUGGCCCUCGAAGGCGGAUACCACCUCGCCGCCACUGCAGAAGCCAUGUGUCACUCUGUUGCCAGCUUACUUGGUGACUGUUGUCCCAGGUUGGCUUUCGGCCUUUCGCCGACCGAGAAGAGGGGCCCAGAGCCGUUCUGCUCCACCGCAUUCUACUAUUUCUCGUCGAAUCUCUGUGUAGAUGGGGGUGUAGAGCCAUCCGACGAAGUUUAUGCACACAAGAAACGUAUUGGAAAUCAGUUCAAGGUUAUGGAGUAUUUUGGAUUUAUCGUCACACUCCGCUUUGCGUUACGUUUAGGUCCGGUACGUGGACAACUCAUAACUGACGAAUCCGGCCGUCUCAGUGGCUCCAGCGAGCAUCACAUAGGUUCGCAGUCGGCAUUGGCAUUUACCGGACAGCUGGAAACUGAGAUUCAAUCUCGACUGGAAGACCUCAGUCUAAGUGAUGGAGCGUCUCGCAGUGUAGGAUCGCCGCUCAGCCAUCCAGCCGCUCCGAUUUCCCCAUCCUUUUCUCUAGCGGUCACCAGUCCCAUUGGCAUUGGCAGUGUAUCGACUUCAGUUCCUACAAAUGGUGUUGCUGCUCGGGUCCCCGCUGCGACGGAACAGGAAACCUUGCAAGAUUUGGGCACCGAUCUCUUCAAUAGUCACAUGAGUGCAGGGCAUGUGGCAUCUACAAGUGUUAUUCCUUCGUCUUCCUCCGCCACCUUGCAAGGUACAGUCAACUUACCCCAACUAAUCGAUGAAUUCACACAGAUGCGAGUUGCCUCACCAAAUACUGGACAGAGCGACCGAUCCAGCCUGGCAUCGGAUGUGCCCUCCCCAGUGCAGCACCGACUAACACUUACCAAUGCGGCUGGUGCUUCAGGCCAUGCACAGUCGAGCUCGACGCCGAUCGCUUCUGCGGGGAAUCAGGUGGUUGCCAUAGCUACGUUGCAAGACUUGAUGAAUGUUGCCAGCAUUGAAACGGAGGAUAUGCACGCCUUUUUUGGCUUGGAGUCAAGUCAGCAACUCCCAGAGCGUUUGUUUGCUGUCACUCCCCUCUCAUGGUGUCCGCAUCUGACGUCGGUGCACAACAAUCCAGAAUGGAAUCCCAAUAUCCGAGAAACAUGCAAUCGUUGUACGAAUCAAACGGAGAAUUGGGUUUGCUUGACUUGCUAUUCGGUGUUUUGCGGUCGAUAUGCGAAUUCACAUAUGGUGGAACACUUCACAUCUACUCGACAUCCGUUGGUCCUCAGUUUUGCGGACCUUUCAUCUUGGUGCUACGAAUGUGAAGCGUAUGUACACAAUGAGCUCGGUUGCGGUCGCUAUGCCAACUCUCACAUGCUUGAGCACUUUUCUGCUACUCAGCAUCCGAUCGUCCUCAGUUUCGCUGAUCUGUCAACCUGGUGCUACCAGUGCGAAUCAUAUGUGAACAAUGAGGUUCUUUCGGGACCAAAACACGCGGUCCAUCUUGCCAAGUUUGGCGAAGGCUUGCCUGGUCCUCUGCAUGAGCACUGAUUCUCAUUGCCAUUCAUGGAUCAGGAAUCGAAUAUUCGUCAUUGUAUCCACACAGUUCGAAUACCAUGGAUCACAUACCCAUUUUUACAGACUUGGUUAAACACAUCUCAGCUGGGAAGAUAUCUACCUCCUGGAUGUUUCUGACAAUUCAUGCUGAAUGAAGUAGUCGUGUUUCGUUUAUCUCACAGUAGAAACAAAGCUGAACAGUAAUGAACAUUAUUCGUGUUGCUUAAUUUUGUCAAUGGCACAAUCUCCGUAUAUUUGACCGUUUUCCAAUGAUUUCCGUUAACCCUCGUUUCCCUAGCUGACGUAUCGUGCUUUGCGUAACGUUUUUUAACCUUAUUUUUUAUAACGGUUUUGCCCUGGUACUGGUAGGUCUGAGAACUUUCGUGUCACGUGAUCGUGUAAUUCUCCAACGAGCUUUUCAUGAUACACGUAUCAUCUGUUGUCGCCAUUGUCAUGAUAAGAACUUGACUCGAAUGCCUCAUCUCUGGAUGAAAACUUUUCUGUUCUCUCGUAUGAGUCAUACUUGUUCUUUCAAGUGGCAAAUAUUUUUUCACGCCUUCCUUUGUUGUCUUUCGUUUGCGUUACGUUUGUUCGAGUUUUGUUCGUUAUCACAACGAAUUUCAGUUCCUGUUCUGUCCGUUUCGU